CCCGAAGAAGCUCCACGGAUAUGGCGAUGGUCUCCGUCGCAGAAGAGACGACGACGACGACGACGCAGCGACAUUAACAUCGCACGAAUCUCAUCCCUCUCUUUCUCUCUCUAGCUCGCUCGAUUUCGUCCGCAGCAGGAAGAGAGAGAAACGGGGAUCGAGCCGAAUCCUUCGCAAUGCAGUCGCGCCUCCAAUCCCUCCUCCGCACGCGCCGCCGCCUCCCCCUCCUCUCCCCCUUCUCCUCCUCCGCCCCCCAGCCGCCGCCGCCGCCGCCGUCGUCCCAGGCCGCCGCCCAGACCCUGGCGGGGCUCCGCGCGCGGCUCGCGGCGGAGUCCCCGUCGCUCUCCGACUUCGUCGGCCUGAAGACGAGCGACUCCUACUCCGUGGAGGUCGGCACCAAGAAGAAGCCGCUGCCGAAGCCCAAGUGGAUGACGGAGUCGAUCCCCGGGGGCGAGAAGUACGUGCAGAUCAAGAAGAAGCUGAGGGAAUUGAAGCUCCACACGGUCUGCGAGGAGGCCAAGUGCCCUAAUCUGGGCGAGUGCUGGUCCGGCGGCGAGACGGGGACCGCCACGGCCACCAUCAUGAUCCUCGGCGACACAUGCACCAGAGGCUGCAGAUUCUGCAAUGUGAAGACUUCGCGCACUCCGCCGCCACCGGACCCCGAUGAGCCAAGGAAUGUGGCGGAGGCAAUUGCUUCUUGGGGUUUGGAUUACGUGGUGAUAACUAGUGUGGACCGGGAUGAUUUGCCCGAUCAAGGGAGCGGUCAUUUUGCCGAGACGGUGCAGACACUUAAGGCACUCAAGCCCAAAAUGCUUAUUGAAGCCUUAGUGCCAGACUUCCGUGGAGAUUCUGGCUGCGUAGAGAAAGUGGCCAAGUCAGGGUUAGAUGUCCUUGCUCAUAAUAUUGAGACAGUUGAAGAACUCCAGAGUGCAGUACGUGAUCAUCGUGCUAAUUUCAAGCAGUCUCUGGAUGUUCUCAUGAUGGCCAAAGACUAUGCACCUGCGGGGACACUUACCAAGACUUCAAUAAUGUUAGGCUGUGGUGAAACACCUGAUCAGGUUAUAAAAACUAUGGAAAAGGUAAGGGCAGCAGGAGUAGACGUGAUGACAUUUGGUCAGUAUAUGAGACCAUCAAAACGUCACAUGCCAGUUUCUGAAUAUAUCACGCCUGAGGCUUUUGACAAGUACCAAACCCUGGGCAUGGAAAUGGGAUUUCGGUACGUGGCUUCUGGUCCAAUGGUUAGGUCAUCAUACAAGGCAGGGGAAUUUUAUAUCAAAUCUAUGAUCGAAGCAGACCGUGCCGGUUCUACACAUCUUCCUGUCUCUGGAUGAAUUGGCAAUUGAUUGCUUUGCUUUUUAACCGCAAAAACUGUCGGCUUCUCUAUGUUGCUUCCCCGAGGAAUAUGCAGCUCAAGCUAAUCUAAUUUGAUGGGUCCGAUUGGGGUCAAGAAUGACACGGAACCCGGGAUUUGUCAUAGAGGGUACCGCUUUGAGCAUGUAACUUCACCUUGCAUGAUUGUCUUGAGCUUGUGUCGCUUCUGUUGUUGGAGUUUUCCUUGUAUAUACAAUUAUUUCUAAUAAUCACAUCAUCAAAUGUUACACA